UUCAGGGUUAAGCCUGUAGUAAGACGCAGGCAGUUGACUUGAACUGUACUUAACUUAAAGAAGGAAACGUAGAGUACUGCUCUAAUAUGAAUAAGUUACUAUUUGUAUUUUUGGUGGGAAUAGUUCUCUCAGGAGACCUGGAGAAGGACAAGGACUUGAUCAGCCUGGAGAAAACUAACCCCAUGGUUCAUACCAUCUCAAGAUCGGAUCUAGAGGACCUGGAGGAGAAGACCAUGAAGGUGGAGAUGGUCGGACCUUGGGAGGUUGUUGAGGUUCUAGAGACUGAACCUCUUGCUCGUGGAGAUGAGGUUGAAGGAUCUGGAAAAGAGCAGGAGGAGGAGGAGGAGGAGGAGGAGACCUUAGAACUACUUGAAGAAGUCGAAGAUGAUGAUGAUGAGGACCAUGAGGAGGAAUCUGAUGAUGAGGAAGAACAUGAAAAUGAGGAACGCGCUGAUGAGGUUAAAACUGAAGAAGACAAAGAAGUAGAGGAAGAAGCAGAAGAACAAACCGAAGAAGAUAAUGAUGCCGCUGGACGUGCUGAAGAAGCAGAAGAUGAAGCAGAAGAAGAAGUAGAGGAAGAGGCUGGGGAAGAAGCAGAAGAAGAAGCAGAAGUAGGAGUAGAAGCAGAAGAUAAUGAUGAUGAAGACAGUGAUGAGGCUGCCGAACGUUCUGAAGAGACUGAGGACAACGAAGAAGAAUCUCUAGAAGAAGAAAGCGAAGAAGAAUCACAGGAGGAAGCAUCUGAAGAAGAAGGAAGCGGUGAGGAGCGUAAGGAAGAAACAGUUUCUGACGUUCCAAUCAUUGAAGAAUAAUUUCUGACGC